AUGAUAAAUAACAAAUAGUUAAUAACAUAUUUUAAUAAAUCGAGUAUAAGAAAAAGAGCUAAAUCCUCAUUGAAUUACGUUGUUUCUGUGAAGUAACAGAACGUAGAAAAAUCUCACAACAAUUCAAUGGAUAGUUUGAACACUCGUGUUAUGGAAGUCUACGAAUAGCAAUAGAAGGAUGAUCAGACUCAGAUACAAAGGUUGUUGAUAAAGAAGCAAUUGCUUGAGAUUCGAAUUCGUCAUGAAAAUGAGAAAUACGAGGAAACCCAGAAAAACUAUUAGUUAUUGUUGCAACGAUUAGAAUCGAUGGAGAAUAGCCAAAAAGAGUACAUCACACAAAUGAACCAAUUGACUGAGUGUCUACGAGAGAUAGUGUAGUAAAACCAUGAGAUGGAGAGUGCCUAUGAUGACAAAUGCAAAGAAUACGAGAGUUUGAUAUAAAUAUUUAAUAAAUGAAUUAAGUAAUGGAUUCAGAAGCAGAGGAGGCCAUGUUAAAAGCAGGAGAUAUCAUCUAAGGUAGAUUUCGCAUAGGUGAUCUUCUUGGAGAAGGAUCUUUUGGAUCUGUCUUUAGAAUUUACGACACUCAAAAUAACAAUUCAGUCUUGGCAAUCAAGGUAGAGUAGGAAUUAGAAGAAGAGGAAAGCAUGUUAGAAAGAGAAAUCAAGAUUAUGAUGGAAUUAAAGUAACAAAAAUUUAUUCACUACAUUCUUUUUAGGAAGAAACCUGGGUUCCCACAGAUAUUGUACUAUGGGUAGGAGAAUCAUUAUGUAUAUUACAUUAUGAAUAUACUUGGACCCAACCUUGAAAAUACGAGCAAGAAGUGCGGAGGGUCCUUCUCUCUUGUAACUAUGUUGAGAUUAGCCAUUCAGGUAUAUGAGUAAUGUACUUUUUAGCGUAGAUGCUUAGCCGAAUUGAAACGUUGCAUUCUAUGCGUCUCAUUCACAGAGACAUUAAGCCAGACAACUUUGUUUUGGGAUUGGGAUAACAAUAAAACCUAUUACAUCUGAUUGAUUUUGGAUUGUCUAAAUUUUAUGUGAAUUCCAAAGGUGAGCACAUCAAGUAACUGCGUAAAAAGGGAUUGAUUGGUACAGCCAGAUACGCUAGUAUUAAUGCACACAAUGAACUUGAAUAGAGUCGUAGAGAUGAUCUAGAAAGCAUAGCCUAUAUCUUGGUUUAUUUGGCUACUGGAACUCUACCUUGGAUGAAUCUGCAAAUUGAAUAGAAGGAUCUCAAGUAUGCUAAAAUAUUGCAUCUCAAAAAAUUGACAGCUCCAGAAGUCAUAUGCAAAGAUCUACCAGCAUGCUUUACCAAAUUUUUAACGGCUGUUCGUAAAUUAGAUUUUAUCACAACCCCCGAUUAUGUCACAUACAAGAAGUUAUUUCAAAACGAACUAGAGAAACAUUAAAGUCAACCCUACUAUGAUUGGGAAGUAGUGGGAGAUAAUUCAACAAAAAAGAAGAGCAACACAAUGCACAUUAUGCCAGUAUUAUUUAUAUUAAGUGAAGGACCAAUUAAAAUAAAAUAAUAGUCCGAACAAUCUCCAUAUUAUUAAUAGCAAUGCAAAUGGAUCUAAUAAAAACACUGUUACUUAUGGUCAGGAUCAAAUCAUUGAAGGGGAUAUGGAUAAGAAAUUGAAUUUGUAGGUUUCGACAAAAGGUGUGGAUAAUAAAUAAUUUGAAAGGUUUGAAUAGAUUUUGCAAUAGAAUCAGAAGAAGUACUAUAAGAUGAACAGUACAAAGAGGCAAAACUCUGGGAGGGCUAAAACACCUGUGAUGGUCAAUGUCAUAGAACCAGAUGUAAUAAAUCUCUAUAGUAUUUAGAACCAAAUUUAGCAACAAUAAUAUGAACAGGUUUACGAUGAAGUACAAUACAUCGCAAAAUCAGCUAAGUUCUUGCAACCACCUUCAACUCCUAAUGGCAGAAAUUCCUCAUCCAUUGUAAAUCCUUAUUAUAUUCCAUCUCUGAACACCUCACAAGUGAACAACUAUGAUUGGAGCGAAGGAGAUGAAAUAAGCAAUGAAGGCACUCCUCUGUGGUGUAUGUAUGUAGAGAAAGAGAGAUAAAAUGUGAUGACUGGAAUCUAAACCAAAAAGAAGAACUCAAUUAAACAUAAUAGCUUCAGUGUUCUAUCAUAUCCUAUCCAAAAUCAGGUAAGAGGAAGUGAUGAAGAAAUAUUUGAUAUCGAAUGA